ACUGGAAAUGUGUUGUGUGAUAAAUCAGAGUUUUCACCCUAAGUCUUUGCUUAGGUCAUGUUUGUCACAAGUGGUCACAGCAGCAGGACUGGAAAACACUGGUCUAGUGUCCAGUAGUGUGUGCUGUGAUCCGCAGGGGGGUAGUAUUUCCAACUGAACGUUCAGCAAAUCUGCAGUGGUUGUAAACCUCCUAGUGGGCGGCUUUCUCACUGAGAGGAGGACUGAAGGAUAUCAUUUGUCUGGUUAGCUGUGGAUUAAUAGUAUGCGAAAGAUGCUCACCAUAAUAUCUAACGUUCUGAGGGGCAGCGCCAGCAGGAACGGAGCUGAACUGGUAUCAGAGUCCUCCACUUGCCGGGCCGUUCUGCAGCUCCUGGCGUUCCAGGGUGAAUAUGCAAAUUUGACCGCUCCACAUGACCACGACUCCAGCCCCCCUUUGCACUUAAAAAAUCCACACUUAACCUCACAUCGUAAAGUACCCCUUUCUGACACUAAACACAGCACUACAGCUUCUCCGUCAGCAAAGAUGCCCGUCAACACUACAACUGCCCCAGCACUCCUCACAUGCACAAAUUUGCUAGAAUCUUCCCUAGAAUGCAUAGCUUUAGGACAUGCGGCCAAUGGUCAGUCCAUAUCAGAAUUGGCACCAAAUGAAGCACCUGUCACAGACACAUUUUCCUCAGAGGCUAAAGCUCUGAAAGUAAAUAGCAUACAGCCAUUAAUGACAAGUUGUUCACCCACCACACCAUUAGAUCCCACAGAAGAAUUUUUAAGCAUGGACCCUCCAAUUACAGAAAGAAAAUUAGCCAUAAAGUCAGACAUAGCUCCCAAAAUGCCAGAUAACCCCAUCAUAGACCAGGUUUUAUCCAAACCCAUAUUCAAAGAGAUUAUUAAAACUACUAUUGAAGAACCCGUUUCAGACCAUGUUCCUCCAUCACCUGCUCUAAUUGCAAACAAGUUGGCUAUUAACCCAGCCCCCUAUUCAGCAGAGUUAACUCCCGCAGUGGCUAAAAGCUGUGCCAAUGUUACCAGUACAGACCCCCUCGUGUCCAAUAGUCCCCCACCAGCCGGAAGCCGUCUGGGCCAUGAUAACUGCUUCCCACAACACUCAGAAAACAUCCACACCCUGGCUGAAGAGACUCCCUUACCAGAGCCACAGCUUGCUGGAGCAAGAGUGGUGGUAUCAGCCAGGACCUAUGCAGGCUUCACCCCUCAGGCCACCUUUGACAUUAAGAAAUGUGACUUGCACAAGCUAGAGGAGGGCCCACCCCUGCAGGCCGUGCUUACAAGAGAGGAGGGGCUUCAAUACUACCACACCAUGCAGACCAUGAGACGCAUGGAACUCAAAGCUGAUCAGCUCUACAAGCAGAAGAUCAUUAGAGGCUUCUGUCACCUCUAUGAUGGACAAGAAGCGUGUGCCGUGGGUAUUGAGGCAGGUAUUAAGCUAACUGAUCAUCUUAUCACAGCCUACCGUGCCCAUGGGUACACUCUCACAAGAGGGGGCACCGUUCGUGAGAUCAUGGCUGAACUCACAGGUCGUAGAGGAGGUAUUGCAAAAGGAAAAGGAGGAUCUAUGCACAUGUACACUAAACACUUUUAUGGAGGAAAUGGAAUUGUGGGAGCUCAGGUGCCUCUUGGAGCAGGUGUAGCAUUGGCCUGCAAAUACCAGGGCAAUAAUGAGCUGUGUGUCUGUCUCUAUGGUGAUGGUGCUGCAAAUCAGGGUCAGAUCUUUGAGACGUAUAACAUGGCAUCUCUAUGGAAACUGCCCUGCAUCUUUAUUUGCGAGAAUAACAAAUAUGGGAUGGGUACUUCUGUGGAGAGAGCAGCUGCUAGCACUGACUACUAUAAGAGAGGAGAUUUUAUCCCUGGAUUGAGGGUGGAUGGCAUGGAUGUCCUUUGUGUGAGGGAGGCCACCAAAUUUGCUGCUGACCACUGCAGAUCAGGAAAGGGUCCCAUUCUGAUGGAGCUGCAGACCUAUCGUUACCAUGGACACAGUAUGAGUGACCCAGGAAUCAGUUACCGCACACGUGAGGAGAUCCAGGAGGUGCGCAGUAAGAGCGACCCCAUCUCAAUGCUGAAGGAUCGCAUGCUAAGCAACAACAUGGCAAGUGUGGAGGAACUUAAGGAGAUUGAUAUUGAGGUACGGAAGGAGAUUGAGGAUGCUGCUCAGUUUGCCACCACAGACCCCGAGCCUCCACUGGAGGAUCUUUGCAACCACAUCUUCUACAAUGACCCUCCUUUGGAAGUGCGUGGCACCAACCCCUGGGCCAAGCUUAAGUCCAUCAGCUGAAACAUUUUCCAUCAUGUCCCCUCUUCUUUCUACUAGCUGACCCUCUCCUGUUCAAGCGCACCUCACAACAACGUACUGUUACCUCUAGGUUUCAUAGACACUGUUUUUUGGAAACCUAGCCAAAUCUGUCGGCCACAUUGAGACCUGUUUUCACAUUUAAUCAUUGCCUUGUUUUCUUGUUGUCUUCAUCAUGAUCAGCCUAGCAUAAUUCCAACACUGUCUGUUUUAUUCAGUACUUAGUAGGCUUCAUUAAUAAUCUAAAUGCAAUAAAACGUAAAUACAAAAAAAAGGCUUUAUCUAUUUAUAUCUAGCAAUGGCAUGUAAUAGGUGAGUGUACAUGGCAGCAUUUGGCUUGUGCUUUCCCAGUGACCCCAGUGCCUCUAUUGCUCCAUGCCUACAUAUUACAAACACCUCCCAUCAUUAUGUCAAUGUUCAGUUAUUACAGACAUGCACACAUACACACAUCUUUCUCUCUUUAUUUUGACAAGAGUGUGGUGUUGCAGCCAAAUCACAUCUUUCUUCAAAUUCUUGCAGUCCUACUUCCUAUUAAACUGAUUGUUAAAGGGGAAAUGUUUAUUAAUACUGAUAAAAUGUAAAUCUGUGUGAUAAUGCAUACAAAAGGCUAAGUGUGUUAUUUAUGGAGUAUAUAAUGGGAUGGGUUAUUUGAUUCUGUUGUAUCUUGGAAAACAAUCAGUGCCUACUAUAUACAUUUAUAGGUUGGCCCUGAAAAUGUAUAAACUAUAACAAUCUGACUUUGAAAAAACAAAACUUAAAAUGUUGCUUUAGAAUGGGGAACUGUAAAUGGUUUUAUCCUUCCUUUCACUCACAAUCUGUUUUUUUAUUAUUUAUUUGGUCAUGUAUUUAUUUUGGGGGGAAAAAGAUGAUUUUGUUACAAUGUUACUUGAGAAUAUAACUUCACAUUCAAAUGUAUCAGUGAUUGUUAAUAGAUGUUUAUUUAAAACCUGUCUGUAGCUGGAAGAUGAUUUGUUGCAGUGGAUGUUAGGAUGCUGUUUAGGUUGUGAAGGGGCAUCAGGGUCACUGGUUAAGCCUUUAUGUCUUGUUAAUCAGGGUGAGGAGUCAGCAAAUCAGGCAAAUGGAUGUGUUAUCCAAUGUGGUCUUUAUACCAUACAACUAAAAAUAAAUGUUUCCAGUACAAUC